AUGUGCUACCAGGGCCUGUCACAGCAGCCGCUGCCCACAGAAUCUGCCAAUGGGGCAUUGUGCAUGGUAGAAGGUGUUACGAAGGAAAGUUCAAAACUCUUCAGACCUGCCAAGCACAUUAUGUCAGCUACCAAUGACACCAAAUUUAACCGCACAGUGUUCCUUCUCACCGGGAUACCUGGGCAGGAAGACGUCCAUCUCUGGAUCGCUAUCCCCUUCUGCUUCAUGUAUGUUGUUUCACUAGUAGCAAAUUCAAUCAUCCUCUUCAUUAUUAAAACAGAUCCAACCCUCCAUGAGCCCAUGUACAUUUUCCUUUCCAUGUUGGCCAGCACAGACCUUGGCUUAUUGAUAUCCACCAUACCGACAAUACUAGGCGUAUACUUGUUUAACUUUAGGGAAAUCAGCCCCAAUGCCUGUUUUACUCAGGUGUUCUUCAUCCACACACUUCAAUGCACUGAGUCGGCUGUGCUCUUGUUGAUGGCUUUUGACCGCUAUGUUGCCAUCUGUAAUCCCCUCAGAUAUACGUCCAUUUUAGCACACCCGAGAAUAGCCAAAAUGGGGCUGGUGUUUGUGCUAAGAUCGGCGGCCCUAAUAUUCCCCCUCCCCUUUCUCUUGAAACGGUACCACUAUUGUCGAGCCAAUGUGCUCUCCCACUCCUACUGCCUGCAUCAAGACGUCAUGACGAUGGCUUGUGCGGACAUCACCGUGAACAACAUCUAUGGCUUAUCUGUUGCAUUCUCAACGAUGGGGCUGGACUCGCUGCUCAUCUUCCUCUCUUACGUGAUGAUCCUCAAAACGGUGCUGAGCAUCACAUCCCACACAAAGUGCCUCAGAGCCCUGAACACCUGCGUCUCCCAUCUGUGUGCUGUGCUGCUCUUCUACAUACCAGAGAUUGGACUGGCUCUGCUACACAGAUUUGGGAGCAGCUCUUCUCACUUGCUUCAGGUUGUCCUGGGCUAUGUCUACCGGCUGGUGCCCCCUCUGGUCCAUCCAAUUGUGUACAGCAUGAAAAGCGAACAUCUUCGUGGGAGGAUAAUCAGGGUGUUUGUCAAGUGA